CGCGUCGGUCGGGCUUUGACUGGCUGGAAAUUCCCGUCCUCUGCAGCUCCUCCCCCGCAGAAAUCCCCUCGCCGGGGUGUAUAUGCGAAGCGCCGCCGCCACCGCCGCUCACUCGCAGCAAGCCGGAGCUCUGCCGCCAUGAUCAGCGCCAGCCGCGCCGUCGAGCCGCCAGUUAUGGAGGGCUACGAGCAACCGAAGAAAGACCGUCAAGGCGGGUUCGCACUCGACGAUCGCCACGACAGCGGCUUGGACUCCAUGAAGGAAGAGGAGUACCGGCAGCUGGUGAAGGAGUUGGAGGACAUACGCCUGCAGCCCCGCGAACCGCCCGCCUGGGCACAGCAGCUCACCGAGGACGGGGACACUUUUCUCCACUUGGCGAUUAUUCACGAGGAAAAAGCCCUGAGCCUGGAGGUGAUCCGGCAGACGACCGGGGACCGCGCUUUCCUGAACUUCCAGAACAACCUCAGCCAGACUCCUCUUCACCUGGCAGUGAUCACCGAUCAGCCUGAAAUUGCCGAGCAUCUUCUGAAGGCCGGAUGCGACCUGGAAAUCAGGGACUUCCGAGGAAACACCCCCCUGCACAUUGCCUGCCAGCAAGGCUCCCUCAGGAGCGUCAGCGUCCUCACGCAGUACUGCCAGCCGCACCACCUCCUCGCUGUCCUGCAGGCGACCAACUACAACGGACAUACAUGUCUCCAUUUGGCAUCUAUUCAAGGCUACCUGGCUAUUGUCGAAUACUUGCUGUCCUUGGGAGCAGAUGUAAAUGCUCAGGAGCCAUGCAAUGGCAGAACGGCACUACAUUUGGCAGUUGACCUGCAGAAUUCAGACCUGGUGUCGCUUCUGGUGAAACACGGGGCGGACGUGAACAAAGUAACCUACCAGGGCUAUUCCCCCUGUCAGCUCACAUGGGGAAGAGACAACUCCAGUAUACAGGAACAGCUGAAGCAGCUGACCACAGCCAACUUGCAGAUGUUGCCAGAAAGUGAGGACGAGGAGAGCAGUGAAUCGGAGCCUGAAUUCACAGAGGAUGAAGUAAGUAGCUAUUUGCACCUUUUCAAGAGAAGGGGAGAAUCCUGCCCUUUGUAGGUUUUUUUUUGUUGGUGGUGCCGCUCUGAUGACAUGCUCCAGUGACCUCUUACCUAUAUAACAGAUGGGUAUAAAUAGCCCAUAAAGUAAGGUUACGCUAUCAGCCAUCAGCAAGAUGGCUGUUGGGGCAAGCAUAUAAAUAGAAUAAAUUUAAGAAUAAAAUGUAAAAACAUGAGAGAACGGAGGUUAACUUCAUGCAACAUGGUUCUCUGAGCACCGUUCUGUUGCUGACAUCUACAGAACCUCAUGAGAUUAAAUGCAAGUUAAUGGGUGAUUUUUUUCCUCCCUGGCAUUUGUUUUUCUAACAUUCUCAGUGCUGUUAAAUGGCAAAUGCAACCAUUUUGGUGUAGAAAUUUUAUAUGCCGUCUUAAGUCAGGGCAUGCAGAAUUUGGCAGUUAUCCCAGAGUGGAUACGAUACUCCCAGUAAGAGUUUUGCAUUAACAGGCUUUUGGUUUUUUUCUUGCAGCUUAUAUAUGACGACUGCCUUAUUGGAGGACGACAGCUGGCAUUUUAAAGUAGAGCUUUCUGUGGAAAGAAGUGACUGUGUACAUAUGUAUAGAAAAAGGACUGACUUUCUUCAUUUAAAGAGAAAGUCGCAAUGCAGAGUGAAAAACGAGGAGGGAAAUACUACGCUGCCCAGCAAGGAGCAUGUAAUUGUAACAGGAUGGUUCCAGGUUCUGGCCUGUGUUUUAAAUACAGGGGCGGGAUGUGUAACAUCGGUAGAGAUCUGUGAUCAUUCACACCACCUGAUAACGAGCCACACAGCCAAUCUUCUCAACCCUACGAAGGUUAACAAACUACACAUCCAGCCUGCUAGUCACAGAGAGCUAUUUUGGCAGUGUUAAGUACCACGAGGAACACGUGUCCUCUCGUGGAAAGGCAGGCUCACAUCAACGCCCCAUCUUCUUGGAGACUUAAUUCGUGUUGGGCUGGCGGUGCUCCCUGGCCUUACUGACCGACCUCAGCUGCUCUCGGUGGGGCAUCCCAGGUGGAGGAGUCAAACCAAGGGACUGGUGACCUCUGGGCUGUUAGGAGAAAGUAGCAAUCAUGUUAACUGUGGGCAUUGGAAACAGUGUGUUUCACACCAUGUGUGUCAUAAUUGCUACACUUUUUAGCAAUUGUAUAUUGUGUAAAUACUGUACAUUUUUUGUUUAUAAUUAUUUUGGUACAUGUGAGAUAGGUAUUUAUUAAAAAAAGUCAAAUUA